AUGGCUCUUUCAUAUUAUAACGAUUCACCUCCAAAGCAUGUCACAGUUCAUUCAUACCAACAACGAUACCAGAUAAUCAGCAGUCUAGGAAACGGUAGUUUUGGUACUGUUGAGCUAGCCAGAAUCAAAUUCCCCAAGGAAGAAUUGCUCCACGCACAUAUGCACAAAUCAGGGACAAUGUUGUAUCCACUUGAAGAUUCAAAACGCAACACAUCAAACCUAGUUGCAAUUAAAACCAUGAAGAAAAAGCUUCCAUCUUUGCAUGAUUAUGCCAAAGUGAAAGAAAUCAAAUUCAUUUCAAGUGUUCCUUCUCAUCCCAAUUUGGUGCAGAUAUUUGAAAUCUUUAUUGACGAUUUAGAUCAUCACUUGCACAUCACUAUGGAGGCGCUCAAUCAAAACUUGUACCAGCUAAUAAAAUCCAGAAAGGGCACUAGAUUUUCGUCAAUGACUUUACGGAGCAUAUUAUCGCAAUUAUUGCAAGCCAUCAAGCAUAUUCAUCAUCAUCAAUAUUUUCAUCGCGAUGUCAAGCCUGAAAACAUUUUAGUUAUUCCAACCUCUCAUUAUUAUGGAUCCAAGGAUUCGGUGCCUUCUUACAGACGAAAUGACAAUUUCAUCAUCAAGUUGGGAGACUACGGUUUGGCUCGUCAUGUGAAUACAAUGAGACCUUACACAGGUUAUGUUUCAACUAGGUGGUACCGAUCUCCCGAAAUAUUAUUGAGGCAAAGCAAGUACGAUUGUGGAAUUGAUAUUUGGGCCUAUGGAGCAGUUGCUGCCGAAAUUAUCAAUUUCGCUCCAUUGUUUCCUGGUGCUAAUGAAGUCGAUAUGCUUUGUAAGAUUAUCCAAACGUUGGGAAGCCCAACAAUUCCUGGUAACCUAGCGCAGGAGUAUUGGGUUCCAGUAGGAGGAUGUUGGCCACAAGCUGCAACAUUGAGUCAUGCACUUGGGCAUCUGUUGCCGUUCGAUCGAGGUCUUACCCGUACACAAAUUCUUCCCGACGCUGGACGUGAGCUAUGCGAAGUCGUUAUGUCGUGCUUGCAAUGGAGUCCAGAGCAGAGACCGACCGCUCAAGACCUAGCAUGUUCUAAGUAUUUUUCUGAAUAG